GCAGGAGGGGACAUAGCACAGCCAGGAGUGGCACGGGACAGUCAGGAAUGGCCUGGAGCAGGCAGGAGGGGACAUAGCACAGCCAGGAGUGGGCCGGAGCAGGCAGGAGGGGACAUGGGACAGUCAGGAGGGGACAUGGGACAGUCAGGAAUGGCCUGGAGCAGGCAGGAAGGGACAUGGGACAUUCAGGAGUGGCCCGGAGCAGGCAGGAGGGGACAUGGGACAGGCAGGCUCCGCCCCGCCGCGGAGGCUCGUCCCGCCUUCGGGCGCGCUCGGCCGUUUCCGUGAGCGCUCGGCAACUUCCGCCGCCGCUCGGGAGGCUCCGGCGGGGCGGGGCGGGGCGGGGCCUGCCCGGCGCGGGGCGGAGCGCGGCGCGCGGCGGGGCCCGUCCCGGCAGAGGAGGGCCCGUGUCGGCCAUGGCGUCCCCGUCGCGGCGGCUGCAGACGAAGCCGGUGAUCACCUGCCUCAAGAGCGUCCUGCUCACCUACACCUUCGUCUUCUGGGUGUCGGGUAUCGUGCUGCUGGCCGUGGGCGUGUGGGGCAGGGUGAGCCUGGCCGUCUACUUCUCCCUGCUGGACGAGAAGGCCACCAACGUCCCCUUCGUCCUGGUGGGCGCCGGCACCGUCGUCGUCCUCCUGGGCACCUUCGGCUGCUUUGCCACCUGCCGCGGCAGCACCUGGAUGCUCAAGCUGUACGCCAUGCUCCUGUCCCUCAUCUUCCUCAUCGUCCUGGUGGCCGCCGUUGUGGGGUUCGUCUUCAGGCAUGAGAUUAAGACAAACUUUGAGAGUAACCUCAACCUGGCCUUGAGGGACUACAACGUGACCGCGGAUCGGCACAGCGAGGCAGUUGACACCAUCCAGAGAACCCUGCACUGCUGUGGGGUGCAGAACUACUCGGACUGGGAGAGGACCGAGUACUUCAGCCAGAGGGGCAUCCCCCGCAGCUGCUGCAAGAGCCAGGACGACUGCUCGGAGGAGGAUCUGAAAGACCUGAGCAAAGCCAAGCUGAAAGUGUUUGUGGAUGGUUGUUUUUUCCUGGUAACGUCAACGAUGGAGUCAAAAAUGAGCGUUGUGGCUGGAAUCUCCUUUGGCAUUGCGUGCUUCCAGUUGAUUGGCAUCAUUCUCGCCUGCUGCCUGUCCCAGUACAUCACGAACAAUCAGUACGAGAUGGUGUAGCUGGCCCCUAGCAUGCUGUGGCUGUGGCCAGGGUAUGCUCUCCGUGGCCGGGGAGGAUGCCACCACCUCCCGUUUUCCUCUGGACACCGUUUCGUGAAAUCUUGCUUUGAACUGACUGAUCUUCUUCUCAACUAGCUCAUAGAAAGGAGUGCAGCAGCUGUCCUGGUGCGCUCAGGGACUUGUCCUAACACUACUCUGCUGUGCCACCGCCUGGGAUGAUUAGUGUAGCUGCGGUGGUUACAGCACACGCGCUUCCGUGGGCGACACAGCCCCCGGCUCUUUAUUCGGCCGGCGGUGCGCUUGAGUGCCAACCGGCCUCGCGGGGCUCCCAGUGCUCAUCUUCGGUGCCUCCCUCGGGAAAGCGAUGCUUCCCCUUACCUCUGGCAGCCCCCUGAUGUCCCCUCCCUCCCCGGAUGCGGUUGCUCUUGAAAUGGGGCCGUUGCCCUGGUAAAACGGGACCCUGCCUGCCUGAAAGCCCUUGGCUCAGCAAGGUCUCAGUUUGUUGCCAAGCUCUCUUUCAUCCCUGACCUGGGUUUUAUAUACUUUUUUAUAGUUGUACUUUUUUAAAGUACAGGCUGUAGUGAUUCUUUGUAAGCUGUAGCGAGGUUUGGUGAUGUAGCUCCUGGUGCCUUUACCUUGGUAGGUGUCCUUGCACCGAGUCAGCUGUGACUUGAUCGUCAGUAUUAUAUGCUGCUUGUCUCAUUUUGUGUAUUAAGUAGAAUUCUUUUGUCCUGAGACACAAUAAAUAUUAAGAUAUUUUACUCUAUGAAACCUC